GCAAAAAAUAGACAUUUCAGAGAGAAGGGGGGGAGAGACACGCACACCCCCCUCUGACCCGCCCCCUCCCUCUCCCUCCCUCCUCCUCCUUCUCAUCUCCCCUCCCUCCCUCCUGCCCGCCCCAUCACACACGCGCGCUCGGAAAGCCAGAGCCCAAGGUGUGCGGGGACUCCCGGGCACAGGUUCGCAGCGGGUACAGGGGCAGGAGUCAGAGAAAAAGCCGGAGCGGGAGCCGCAGCAGAGGCAGGAGGGAGCCCGAGCCAAGCGAGGUAGCAGCAGCAGCAGCAGCAGCAGCAGUAGCAGUAGCAGAAGCAGAAGCAGCCUCAGCAGCAGCAGCCGGAGCCGGGAGGGAGAAGCGCAGGCGAGGCUCCCCGGGAUGGAGGGUUAAGUCCCGGAGCCAGAGCUGAGUGGAGCCCAGCAGGCAGGCGGGCAGGCAGACAGGCGAGCCCCCCCACCCCACCCCAUCCCAUCCCGUGCGGUCCCAUUCACCCCCUGGCCGGCACCCCGCCUGACGUCCCCCACCCUGGGGGAUUCGUCCCCGCUCCCCCCUCUCCCCCGCGCUGCAAGGGAGCCCGUGAAUGUCAUUGAGGGCGGAGGGGAGAGUCAGCCGGUGAGCAGCAGCGGCGGCAGCGCUGCCCGAGGAGGGGCAGCAGAAGGAGGAGGACCAGGACCAGGACCCGAGGGGGUACCGAGCCGCCCGCCCAGCUCUGCGCGACAAAGAAGCACCUACCCCCAUCCCCAGCAGUGCGCCACCCCCUUCUCCAAUGUCCUCGGCCAUCGAGAGGAAGAGCCUGGACCCGUCCGAGGAACCAGUGGACGAGGUGCUGCAAAUCCCACCAUCCCUGCUGACAUGUGGUGGCUGCCAGCAAAACAUAGGGGACCGGUACUUCUUGAAGGCCAUCGACCAGUACUGGCAUGAGGACUGCCUCAGCUGUGACCUUUGUGGGUGCCGCCUGGGGGAAGUGGGUCGUCGCUUGUACUACAAGCUGGGUCGAAAGCUCUGCAGGAGAGACUAUCUCAGGCUUUUUGGCCAAGAUGGCCUCUGUGCUUCCUGUGACAAGCGCAUCCGGGCUUACGAGAUGACCAUGAGGGUGAAGGAGAAAGUGUACCACCUGGAAUGUUUCAAAUGUGCAGCUUGUCAGAAGCACUUUUGUGUUGGCGACAGGUAUCUCCUCAUCAACUCAGACAUAGUGUGCGAACAGGACAUCUAUGAAUGGACUAAAAUCAACGGGAUGAUCUAGGCAAGAAGCCGGAGUCUCUGGUUGGCGCUUUGCUGAUGAUACAGACCAGUAGUCUCAAUAGGUAGGGGCUGGGGGCGGGGGUGGGGGUGGGAUGGGGUGAUUUCUUAGGAAUGGAACCGUAGAGGCCCUUCUCGGACAGUCCAGCGGGGUAGCAUCAGAGCGAGCUGCAGGGGAGCGAGGGACGGAGAUUCCAAUGGGACGAAUCUGCUGAAUCUUGGGGAGAAUUUCUAGCAGAAGGUGAUAACUGACAUGAUUAGCUGAGGUGUGGGGAGGUUGGGUGGGGGGCAGUAAAGAUGGGCUCAUGGGAUCCCAGACCUACGGAUAGUGAGUUAACCCUGUAAAAAGUUGUCCUGGCUUUGACCCUCGGGAAGGAGAAAUGUGCAAUUGGUUGGUUUUCUUUGUUCCCCCGGGCUUUUCUGACAGCCCUGCUCAGAUCUCAGUGCUUCAGCCAGGGGGAAGACAAGGGGGGGGGGGGAGAGACAGAGAGAGAGGGAGAGAGAGACAGAGAGAGAGAGAGAGAGAGACAGAGAGAGACAGAGAGAGAAGGGGAGGGGAGAGAGAGAGAGAGAGAGAGAGAGAGAGAGAGAGAGAGAGAGAGAGAGAGAGAGAGAGAGAGAGAGAGUGACCGACCCUUUUCUUGGCCAGUUUUUUCCCAAGGCGGUAAGCUUUGGCUAGGGAAUCACUACUAGGAUGGGAAUGUUCAUUGGGACCUUUAACCACGGCACUUCCCUAAAGAUAGCAAAAAUGCUGGGGACUCUCUGUGUGUAGACACCUCUGUUCAAGGCGAAGGAUUUCACAGGUUGUUUCUAUACAAAUGUAAAUCUAAGCAGAGUUGUUCAACUAUUUUAUUAUCUUAGAUUAUAUCAAUAAAGUAUUUGUUGUGUGUAGUAAAAACCCUGCAGAUUUAAUAGAAAUCAAAGACCUCCACCAA